UUGGGGUUUACAAUUUGGGUUGUUGAGGGACUAUUUAUUGAGUGGACAACUAAUGACAGUAAGAAAAAAGGGGUGCAAAAUUGUAAGUUGAAUCUGAUUAGUUUUAUAGUUACAAAAUUUGAUGAGUAUACUUUUAUAGUUACAACUUACAAUGAAAUCGAAGUAAGUCAUUACUUCGGAUUCCCUUUUCUUAAGUAAAAUAAAAACCAAACAGGACUUUAAUCAUCCAUUUAUAAGCUCGAGGGAAAUAUUUUAUAGUGCUACACCCCACUGCUACUGCUGCACAAUGAUGAAUGCUAAAAAGGACCUUUUUCUGAAAGCUCUGCAAAGCAAAAUCUUUCUUUUUGGUAGUUAGCUUUUGAGAUCCAAAUGGUAACUUUAGUAUCACUCAUUUUCUCAAUCUUUCUAUUUUGGUUGGCCGUUACUCCUGCUUCUAUGAGUCUUCUUUCACCUAAGGGUGUCAACUAUGAAGUGGCAGCACUGAUGUCAAUGAAGAAUAAGAUGAGAGAUGAACACCAAGUUUUGGAUGGAUGGGAUAUAAAUUCAGUGGAUCCUUGUACUUGGUACAUGGUUGGUUGUUCUUCUGAAGGCUUUGUUAUUUCUCUUGAAAUGGCGAGUAUGGGGUUGUCUGGCUCACUUUCCCCCAGUAUUGGGAAUUUAACUCAUCUACGGACACU